AUGAUUCUCUCUAAAACCCUAAUCAGACGAUCUCUCUCGAGCCUCGCUCCUCCUCCAGACUCCCUUCUCGUCGACAAAGCCUUAACCUUUCUGAGACGCCAUCCAUACCAACUCCAACACAUCUCUGCUUCCUUCACCCCAGAAGCAGCCUCCAGCCUCCUCCUCAAAUCCCAGAACGACCAAGAACUCAUCCUCAAGUUCCUAACCUGGGCGAACCCACACCACUUCUUCACCCUCCGCUGCAAAUGCAUCGCUCUCCACAUCCUCACCAAGUUCAAGCUCUACAAGACCGCACAAACCCUCGCGGAGGACGUCGCCGCCAAAACCCAAGACGCUUCUCUCGUCUUCUCUUCGCUGCAAGAGACUUACGCCCCGUGCGAUUCGACUUCCUCUGUUUUCGAUUUGGUAGUCAAGUCUUACUCUCGUUUGAAUUUGAUAGAUAAGGCUUUGAGUAUCAUUCAUCUCGCUAAAGGUCAUGGCUUUAUGCCUGGGGUGUUGUCUUACAAUGCGGUCUUAGAUGCUACGAUCAGAACCAAGAGGAACAUUAGCUUCGCUGAGGGUGUGUUUAAGGAGAUGUUGGAAACACAGGUUUCUCCCAAUGUUUUCACUUACAACAUCUUGAUUAGAGGGUUUUGCUCUGCUGGGAAUUUAGAUGCUGCUCUCAAGUUUUUCGAUAGAAUGGAGAAGAAAGGUUGUUUGCCUAAUGUUGUUACUUACAACACUUUGAUUGAUGGGUAUUGUAAGCUUCGUAGGAUUGAUGAUGGGUUUGAGCUGUUGAGAGCGAUGUCGUUAAAGGGUUUAGAGCCUAAUUUGAUUUCUUACAAUGUGGUUAUUAAUGGGUUGUGUAGAGAAGGUAGGAUGAAAGAGACGAGUUUGGUUCUUACGGAGAUGAAUAGGAGAGGAUUCUCUUUAGAUGAAGUCACUUAUAAUACGCUUAUUAAAGGGUAUUGUAAAGAAGGUAACUUUCACCAAGCUCUUGUGAUGCAUGCAGAGAUGCUGAGACAUGGGUUGUCGCCUAGUGUCAUCACUUAUACUUCGCUGAUACAUAGCAUGUGUAAGGCCGGGAACAUGAACCGUGCUGUGGAGUUUCUUGAUCAGAUGCGUGUUAGAGGGCUUUGUCCUAAUGAGCGUACUUACACGACGUUGGUUGAUGGGUUUUCUCAAAAGGGGUAUAUGAAUGAAGCUUAUCGUGUUUUGAAAGAGAUGGUUGAUCACGGGUUUAAGCCUUCCAUUGUGACUUAUAAUGCUCUGAUUAAUGGACAUUGUAUUGCUGGGAAGAUGGAAGAUGCAAUAGCAGUUUUUGAUGAUAUGAAGGAGAAAGGUUUGGCUCCGGAUGUAGUGAGUUACAGCACGGUGUUAUCUGGGUUUUGUAGGAGUUACGAUGUUGAUGAAGCGGUGAGAGUCAAGAGAGAAAUGGUUGAAAAGGGUAUUCAACCUGAUACUAUCACUUACUCGUCGCUGAUCCAAGGGUUUUGUGAGCAGAGAAGGACAAAGGAAGCUUGUGAUCUUUUCGAUGAAAUGCUGAGAGUUGGCCUUACACCUGAUGAGUUUACUUACACAGCCUUGAUCAAUGCUCAUUGCGUGGAAGGGGGUUUGGAGAAAGCGUUAAACUUGCACAACGAAAUGGUCGAGAAAGGCUUGUUACCUGAUGUUGUUACUUAUAGUGUGCUGAUUAACGGGCUUAACAAGCAAGCUCGAACUAGAGAAGCUAAGAGACUCUUGCUUAAGCUGUUUUAUGAUGAAUCAGUUCCUAGCGAUGUCACGUAUCAAACACUCAUAGAGAAUUGUGGUAACAUCGAGUUCAAAAGCGUGGUGUCUCUCAUCAAAGGCUUCUGUAUGAAAGGGAUGAUGAAUGAAGCUGAUAGAGUCUUCGAUUCCAUGAUUGAGAAAAACCAUAAACCCGAUGGAACAGCGUAUAAUGUUAUGAUCCAUGGUCAUUGCAGAGGUGGAGAUGUGCGCACAGCAUAUAGCUUAUACAAGGAGAUGGUAAAAUCCGGAUUUCUUUUGCAUACUGUGACGGUUAUUGCUCUGGUUAAAGCGUUGCACAAGGAAGGUAUGGUUGAUGAGUUGAGUAAUGUUAUUGACAAUGUAUUAAGAAGCUGUGAGCUGAGUGAAGCAGAGCAGGCUAAAGUGCUUGUGGAAAUCAAUCAUAGAGAAGGGAAUAUGGAUGUGGUUCUUGAUGUGCUUGCUGAAAUGGCUAAAGAUGGUUUUCUUCCCAACAGAAGAAGUCAAUAGGGUAACAAAUUAUUUCAGAAGAGUUGAAGUUUUGGUCUUGUUUUCGGGGAUGGCUUCUUUAAGCACAUGCUCCAUCUACGGAAGAGUUGAAGUUCCUCAUCCUACUAAACUGAGCUUAGAGCAGUCAUCAGUGAGGUGAAGCUGUAUAUCCACAUGGUCGUACUUAAGUUGAGCUGGAGAGAUGCGUUGAAUCAAAGUGGCUCACCUCCAGUCUACCUCCCAACCGACAAGUUACCUGGGUAGUUAUUAUUUACUAAGCAACUCUUUGGAGGCAGAGAUUCCUCUAAAACAGCACAAGCCCUAAACCUCAAAGUUACCAGUGGUUCGGUAAGUGAAAUGUGAAGGCACUUGUACACCUGGCAAAAUGAUGUACUUAGUGAUUGAUUCUUGCUGAAGAAAAAGCUUCUUGAUCCAAGUUGAAGCAGUUGACGAAACAGAGUUUGACUUUUGGGGCACGAUCAUCAAUCUUGGCAAGACUUUGAUUUGUAAACGUUUAUUCAACUUCUUGGAGUUGGCAUAAAGUUUUUCAACGUUUUUGAGUCGUACACGACAGUGAGUAUAUGUCUGAACAUAGUUCAAACUCUCAACCACCAAUUCAUAAAGAAUCUUUUACUAUUUCCACAGGC